AUGGUGUUAGCCGAUUUGGGAAGAAAAAUUCGCAAUGCGAUCGGUAAACUCGGUCAAUCAACAGUUAUCAAUGAGGAAGAAUUGGAUGUUAUGCUUAAAGAAGUUUGUACAGCUUUGAUUGAAUCCGAUGUUCAUAUCAGACUUGUUAAACAACUCAAAGACAAUGUCAAGUAAGUGCUUUCAUAGUUUUCAUAUACAUUCAUUGAAUUCUUUUCUCUAGAUCCGAAAUUCGUAUCGAUGAAAUGACAGGAGGCGCGAAUAAAAGACGAUUUAUCCAAAAAACAGUAUUCAAUGAGCUCUUGAAACUUGUCGAUCCAGGAGUUACUCCAUUUACCCCAACCAAAGGAAAACGUAAUGUUUUUAUGUUUGUCGGUUUGCAAGGUUCCGGUAAAACUACAACUUGUACCAAAAUGGCGUAUUAUUAUCAAAGAAAAGGUUGGAAAACUUGUUUGAUUUGUGCUGAUACUUUCCGUGCUGGAGCUUUCGAUCAAUUGAAACAAAACGCAACAAAAGCAAGAAUUCCAUUUUAUGGUUCAUAUUCGGAAAUUGAUCCAGUCAAAAUUGCAGCGGAAGGAGUCGAAAAAUUCACUGUAAGCUGGUUUUCUUUGAUUAAUUUUCAUUAGAAAAUAAAUUGAUUUUCAGCAAGAAGGUUUUGAAAUCAUAAUUGUUGAUACAUCUGGUCGACACAAACAAGAAGCCUCACUUUUCGAAGAAAUGUUACAAGUUUCAAAUGCAGUCACUCCAGAUAAUGUUGUUUUCGUUAUGGAUGCCUCAAUUGGUCAAGCUUGCGAAGCACAAGCCAGAGCUUUCUCUCAAACUGUUGAUGUUGCAAGUGUUAUUAUUACUAAAUUGGAUUCACAUGCGAAAGGAGGAGGAGCACUUUCAGCGUAAGAAAAAAAAUCAUUUAUUAAAUAUUUCGUAUGUAAUUUUGAAUUUUUUAGCGUUGCUGUCACGAAAUCACCUGUAAUUUUCAUUGGUACCGGAGAACAUAUUGAUGACUUCGAAAUUUUCAAACCAAAAUCAUUUGUUCAAAAAUUGUUAGGAAUGGGAGAUAUUGCGGGACUUGUUGAUAUGGUAAAUGAUAUUGGAAUGCAAGAUAAUAAAGAACUUGUUGGACGACUGAAACAAGGACAAUUUACACUUCGUGAUAUGUAUGAACAAUUCCAAAAUAUUAUGAAAAUGGGACCAUUUAGUCAAAUUAUGGUAACUAUUUUUCGUUUCCAAAGUUUUUUAUUUUUCGAGAAAUAAUUUAUUCAUUUUGCAGAGUAUGAUCCCAGGAUUUGGCCCAGAAUUUAUGACGAAAGGAAAUGAACAAGAAUCUGUAAAUCGGCUGAAGAAAAUGAUGACAAUAAUGGAUUCAAUGAGUGAUAAAGAAUUGGAUCAUCCAAAAGCUUCGGAUUUAUUCACAAAAGAAUCGGCAAGAUUAGUUCGAGUUGCAAGAGGAUCGGGUAGUUUACAAAAUGAGGUCAAAGAAUUGUUAUCACAGUAUAAGAAGUUCUCGGAUAUGGUGAAAAAGAUUGGAUCGAUCAAGGGAUUGUUUAAUGUGAGUUUUUUUUCUGGGGGAGAAACAUUUGUCUGGAUAAUUCUUCAAAAUUCUUGGUCAGACCUGAAUUUCCAAAAAUUUUCUUCUAUCAAAUUUCGGACGAAAUCUCAUUAGAUUUACUAAACCCUUUUUCCAGGGCAAAACUGGUGAUAUGAAUCCAAAAAACAUGAAUCCUCAAAAAAUGGCGCAACUAAAUCAACAAAUGGCAAAAAUGAUGGAUCCACGAGUUUUGGCACAAAUGGGCGGUAUGGGCGGUUUACAGAAUAUGAUGCAACAAAUGGCACGAUCUGGAAAAAUGUAA